UCACCGUAUUAUAUCUGAGCACAGUAUCCUUCGUUGACUCACACAGCCUGUCUCACCCACCCAACCAAGCAACCAAGCAACUAUCCAAGCAUCACCAUUUAACCUAUUGUAACCAUGAUGAAGACGUCUCUCUUUCUAAUCGCUGCCGUGACAACGUGCGCAUCGGCUUUCACACCGAUGCAGAUGCCCGAUUCUUCGUCGGUUACGGCGCGUCGCAAUUUUUUGCAAACCGCCAGUGCCGCGGUGAUUGCGACGACGCUACCGGGAGCGGCGUUGGCCGAGAUUGUCGUCCCUCCCCAGACCGUCGACUACGAGUUCCCCACAGAUUGGGGACUCACCUUCAAGUACGAAGAGGACGCCGUCAAGGUCCGCCAACACAUGGUGGUGGCCACCGGCAUGGCCAAGGGAUCCGAGAAGAUGGAAGAGUUUGGCAAAAACAUGAAGAAGGAAAUGGUCGACUUUGUCUCCUACUACCGUCGUUUCCCCAAGGUGGCUGGCAAACCCUCUUUCAGUACCUUGUACACUAGUAUCAACGUACUCGCUGGACACUACACGUCGUACGGAUUCAAGUACCCGCUCCCGGAGAAACGACGCAAGCGUUUGUACCAGGAGUACGCGGAGAUUGAAAAGUCGCUGAAGCGUGGCCGCUAAAAGAAGCGUAGGGGGCGGAACGCCUACAUGUUGAGUUAUUUCCUGGCCAUGAUCGGUGUGCUAUGCACCUUUCAUGCCCAAUUCCUUCCAUUACCCUUGACCCAUUUGCGAUGACCCCUGGCGGAAUCGGAACGAGUAUUUCUCUCGUUUCGGUCUCGACAUCUUUGUUUUGCUAAAAUAACGUAAUUCGUAUUCGGCGUUGGCGUUC